AUGACUAGCGCUACAAUCAAUCUGCUAAGUGUCGAUAAAUUAACUAGUGAUAACCACACUACAUUGAAAAACACGAUUAACAUUGUACUUAUCAUUGACAACCUUAGGUUUGUCCAACUUGAGGAGUGUCCUCAAGUUCCCUUUGCUGAUGCACCUCAAAAUAUUCGGGAUCCAUAUGAGAGGUGGAUAAAGGCAAACGAGAAGGCAAGAGUGUACAUUCUUACGAGCUUGACUAAAGUUUUGGCAAAGAAACAUGAAUCCAUGGUCACUACAUGCGAGAUUAUGGAUUCAUCACAAGAGAUGUUUGGACAACCAUCAUCAUAG